AGGCGGCGGCCAACCUCUGCGCUGAAUGGGCGGGUGGCAUCCCGCUCCGUCCCGCCCGCCGCCGGCCCCCCAUCGGCUGCUCCCGUCGCGCCCGGGUCUCCGCCCGCAGCCGCCUGAGCCCGCCGGGCUGUGAAUGAAAGGCAGGCGCGGCCGAGGACUAGCUGCCAGCGACGCGGCGACGCCGGCCUCCCGGGAGGCGCGCUCCCCGCGGAGAUGUACGGUGUGUGCGGCUGCUGUGGAGCCCUUCGUCCCAGGUACAAGAGGCUGGUGGACAACAUCUUCCCUGAAGAUCCUGAGGAUGGUUUGGUGAAAACCAACAUGGAGAAGCUGACCUUCUAUGCCCUCUCGGCUCCAGAAAAGCUGGAUCGCAUUGGUGCCUACCUCUCAGAGAGGCUCAUCCGAGACGUGGGGCGCCAUCGCUAUGGGUACGUGUGUAUCGCCAUGGAGGCGCUGGACCAGCUACUCAUGGCCUGCCACUGCCAGAGCAUCAACCUCUUCGUGGAAAGCUUCCUUAAGAUGGUGGCCAAGCUGCUGGAGUCCGAGAAACCCAACCUGCAAAUCCUGGGCACCAACUCGUUUGUGAAGUUCGCCAACAUUGAAGAGGACACCCCGUCGUAUCACCGGAGCUAUGACUUCUUUGUGUCCCGAUUCAGUGAAAUGUGCCACUCGAGCCAUGAUGACUUGGAAAUCAAGACUAAAAUCCGAAUGUCGGGCAUCAAAGGCCUGCAAGGGGUCGUGAGGAAGACGGUGAAUGAUGAGCUGCAGGCCAACAUCUGGGACCCACAGCACAUGGACAAGAUCGUCCCGUCGCUGCUCUUCAAUCUGCAGCACGUGGAAGAGGCAGAGAGCCGGUCUCCCUCGCCCCUCCAAGCACCAGAGAAGGAAAAGGAGAACCCAGCAGAGCUGGCUGAGAGGUGCCUGCGGGAGCUGCUGGGCCGGGCAGCCUUCGGCAAUAUCAAAAACGCCAUCAAGCCUGUUCUCAUCCACCUGGACAACCAUUCUCUUUGGGAACCCAAGGUGUUCGCCACCCGUUGCUUCAAAAUCGUCAUGUACUCAAUUCAGCCGCAGCACUCCCACCUGGUUAUCCAGCAGCUCCUGAGCCACCUGGACGCCAACAGCCGCAGCGCGGCGACCGUGCGCGCCGGCAUCGUGGAGGUCCUAUCGGAAGCUGCGGUUAUCGCCGCCACCGGCUCUGUCGGGCCCACGGUGCUGGAGAUGUUCAACACUUUGCUGCGGCAGCUGCGGCUCAGCAUCGACUACGCGCUAACCGGGAGCUACGACGGCGCUGUGAGCCUGGGGACCAAGAUCAUCAAGGAGCAUGAGGAGCGCAUGUUCCAGGAGGCGGUCAUCAAGACCAUCGGCUCUUUUGCCAGCACGCUGCCCACCUAUCAGCGCUCGGAGGUGAUCCUCUUUAUCAUGAGCAAAGUCCCGAUACCGUCCCUGCACCACCCGGUGGAGACCGGAAGGACAGGGGAGAAUAGGAACCGGCUGACCCAGAUCAUGCUGCUGAAAUCUCUCCUUCAGGUAUCCACAGGAUUCCAGUGCAACAACAUGAUGUCAGCCCUGCCCAGCAACUUCCUUGACCGCCUUCUCUCCACCGCCCUCAUGGAAGAUGCAGAAAUCCGCCUCUUCGUCCUAGAGAUUCUCAUCAGCUUCAUUGAUCGCCAUGGCAACCGCCACAAAUUCUCUACCAUCAGCACCCUCGGUGACAUCUCGGUCCUGAAGUUGAAAGUGGACAAAUGCUCCCGGCAGGACACUGUCUUCAUGAAGAAGCACUCCCAGCAGCUGUACAGACACAUCUACCUGAGCUGUAAGGAGGAGACCAACAUCCAGAAGCACUACGAGGCGCUCUAUGGCCUGCUGGCACUCAUCAGCAUUGAGCUGGCCAAUGAGGAGGUGAUGGUGGACCUCAUCCGACUCGUGCUGGCCGUUCAGGAUGUGGCCCAAGUCAAUGAAGAGAAUCUGCCUACCUAUAACCGCUGUGCGCUCUACGCUCUGGGUGCAGCCUACCUGAACCUCAUCAGCCAGCUCACAACGGUGCCUGCCUUCUGCCAGCACAUCCACGAGGUCAUAGAGACCAGGAAGAAAGAAGCGCCAUACAUGCUUCCCGAAGACGUGUUUGUGGAAAGGCCCAGGCUGUCUCAAAAUCUAGACGGCGUGGUGAUCGAGCUUCUCUUCCGUCAGAGUAAAAUCAGUGAAGUCCUGGGAGGAAGCGGUUACAAUUCAGACAGGCUCUGCCUGCCCUACAUCCCUCAGCUGACAGAUGAAGAUCGCUUGUCCAAGAGGAAGAGCAUUGGUGAGACCAUUUCCCUCCAGGUAGAGGUGGAAUCGAGGAACAGCCCAGAGAAAGAGGAACGAGUCCCUGCAGAGGAGAUCACCUAUGAGACGCUGAAGAAGGCCAUUGUGGACAGUGUGGCAGUUGAGGAACAGGAGCGUGAGCGGCGGCGACAGGUGGUGGAGAAAUUCCAGAAGGCGCCCUUCGAGGAGAUUGCAGCCCAUUGUGGGGCCCGGGCAUCGCUACUGCAGAGCAAGCUCAACCAGAUCUUUGAAAUCACCAUCCGGCCCCCUCCAAGCCCUUCAGGGACCAUCACUGCAGCCUAUGGCCAGCCACAGAACCAUUCCAUCCCCGUCUACGAGAUGAAGUUCCCCGAUCUGUGUGUGUACUGACUUCCAAGAGACGGAACUCCUUAGAGGACCCUGUGGGAGGACCGCCCUCCUGCCCACUCCCACCAUCUGGAAAUCUAGCUGGGAGAGCUGAGAAAUAGUCACCUUGGACAGUGGCUCUUCCCAAGUUGAGCAAAGACGGAGCCUCCGGUCCUCGGUGGCCCUCCUGCCUCCUCCUGGUCUUCCACAAGGAAUAUCCAGUCACCUGCCCCCUGGGGCUAAUGAGCAUCUCACCCGUCUUCCCUUUUGUAUCAGCCAGGGACAGAGAAUCAUGAGGGUGUCUCCACCGAGAAGCAGAGGGGCCUGGGAAGCUUCCAUUGGGAAUGUGUCUAUGAGGGAGUGUCAGCCAACCCCGAGGGAAGGAGCCUGAUGAAGACGUGAUUGGUCUAAGGAAGCCAUAGAUGGUACUCGGGGAAGCUGAGGAACCCCCCCCCCCAUCAGGAAGUGACAGUAUGAGAGAUGUCUGCUCUCACCUCCUAGUCUCCGGUGUCCUGCCCGGCCUCUUCUUUAAUCUCCAGUUAUCUGUGUCUCUUUUUCUACUAUCGAUGAAUGCUGAGCACUUAGAGCGGGAGCUGGGGUAGAGAUGCUGGCGGAAGAGCAACAGACUGGGGAUGGAGGGGGACGGCUUCCCCUAGGUUGGGUGGCAGCAUCGGCAAGGCACAGUGUGACCAGUCUGUGUCUCUGCUGUGUUGUGUCUUCUCAGCUCCUCUAUCCAGAGGAAGCCUGUGGCGGAUCUUCCCCGGUUCUCUCUCUUCUGGAGGUUUCCCGGGUAGUUAAGUUUGAUCCCUGAUGUCGUUCUUCCAAAUAUCCCACAGUGUUUCCACACCCUCUGGGUUGAGAGAAAGCUGAGCAGGCCAGCUGGUUCUAGAGGACUGAAAAGCGGGGGAGAAAGAUGCUGGGCCCUGAGGCCGGUCCACAUUGCUUCCUGGAAGAUGCUCCCAGCAGAACUGUGUGUUGGUUUGUUUGUUGAGGUUGGGAGGGUUGGGGGCAGAGGAGGGGGCAAAUGAGCAAGUGUCGCUUUGGGGUUCAAGGAAAGAGAUUUAACAACUAGGAUUGAAAUAUUUUCCCCCUCUGGGCAAAGUCUAAGACAUUGGGGACAAUUAAUCGGCCUUGCUGUGGCCUGGGCAGAGGUGGUGGAAAUCCCUUUGGCUCCGUUUUCCCUCUGUGCCACCUACCUGUGCCUCUGUGACUCACGUGUGCUGGGGGGCAGCUAACCGAGGCCUGGGUGGGUGCAGAAAGGACCACUCGACCCUUUCCUGAUGCCCCUCUGGGUGCCUUUGUGCCUCCCAGGAGGCCUCUGGCAGCACCCCAGGCCUCUUCCAGUGGGAGCACCCUACGGCCCAGGACGGUCCUUUCUUUCCAUUUUAAACUUCCCAUGAGUUUUCUGAGCUGUUUUCCUCUCAAACUGCCUCUAGAGAUUUUGCUUCUUAGGAAGAGAGCGUAGAUCUGGUGACCUGCAGGAGUCCUUUCCAGGGUGUAAUUUUAGGCAGCGUGACCUGGGGUCAUAAAGGAGCCGUUUCUGGGACGCUCUAGAUCACAGCCCUGCCUGUGACCCCUCAUGAUGACAGCCCGCUCACUAGGACAGGUGGGAACAUUUUCCAGAGUGAGGAGAACUGGAACACAUGUUCAUCCCCGUUGCACAUGUGAUAAAUGUCACAGAUGGGGCCUGUCUGACCCCUGUCCCCAUAGUUUCUUCACUUCUAAUGCAACUCUUUCCCGUGGUCUCUGCACUGAGCUAUGGGCUCAUGGCUCCUGCAUGGCCUGCAUGAUCUCAGGUCCCUGAGGACGAGGUGGCCUGUGACUUUGGAGCCAUGUGGCUGUUGCUCAAUCCAACUUUAUAAGCAUGGACUUAGGUUUUUUUCCUUAAUAUCUCUUUAGUAAGAAGUUUUAAAAAAGCACGAAGGCAAGUGACCCUUUAGAAACUGAGAAAAGCUAAGGUUUGAGCUAAAAACACCUUCCUUCACCUGCCUGCCACAUCCCUUAUACCAGGCCUGGCUUGGAUAAAGAGUUCGCCAGUUUCUUUCUUGUUCCCAAGUGACAUCAGUGUCCACCCCUGAGGUAUCUUGACCUUGAUUGUGGGUUGUGAGAGUCACUUCCUUGGAGACCUCCUAGAGCAUGAGGGGCCUACACAAGCCCCACUCAGAUACUUCUGUCCCUCAGCCCUGCCCCGGCAACAGGAGAAAGGGGACCGAGUUCCAAUUCUGCGGACUCAUCUGCUCCUCCUCAGCCCCUCUCUCUGUCCGUCCUCUUUUUCUCCGCACCCAGGCUGCUUAGCGGGGACAUGCUGCUUCUAGAGAGCUGGGCCAUUGGUGUGCCCUCUUCUGGGUAGAAUUUAAGUUGAUAUUCAGUAAGAUAUUGGGGUGCCUGUUGACAGGGAGCAGAAUCCGAUCCUGGCCGAGUAUGCCUCGGAGUCAGGAAGUCUAGAUGGCGAUCACAGGGGUCUGUCACUCCAUCCCAAGGCUGGGGAAGAGAGGUAAAAGCAGAGUGGGUGGGCGCUGGGGAGGAACCCAGUGGGACUCUCACCUUCCUUGCCUCUGGUGUCUGGUAGCGCUGUCUCCUGCCCUGUUCUGUACCACCCUCUCUGUUGUAAGCCAGAGCCAAAAGGAGCCAGCCAACUCUUUAAGGCCAACUGGCCCCCAGCCCACCACCACCACCACCACCACCACCACCACCACCACCACCCAGGGCUCUGGCUUCAUAGGCCAGGGCCAGACGGUGGCCUCCUGAUGACAGACUCUAAUGGGCACGAGUGUGUUUGAGGUUCAGAAGUUAAUUUGGUCGAUCCUAAGCAAGCGUAAGAAGUGGAUUGACAGAAAAUACCUGUGACCCAGAAGCAGCUGCUCUUGUCCCUGCACUGAGCCUGUUUCCUCUUUACUUUGAAGACCAGAAAUAAAUGGUUCCAUGACUCCUCAAUGACCACAUAAGAAAACCUAAAAAUGUCCUGUGUCCGGGUCCCUGACCUACACAGUGCAGGGGAACAUAGGCCUGGGCCAAGGACCCUGGUCAGAGCAGCCCUGUCCUGUAUACUACCCAUGCACAGGCUGUUCCUGGUCCCACAGGACACAGUUCAGCUGGAGUGGGAUUUGGAAAAGCCCUAAGGUUCCUCCGGGUAUCUUUGGGUUAGGGGGAUCCCUGGGUCAUGGCGCCUUCCAGUGAUCUGUUGUCCUAGACCUCCCCAUCUGCUGCAGAGAUGCUGUUGAGAAUGAGCGGCUGGCUGUGUUUGGGGGCCCGGGGGAAAGGGAAGUCUUGAGCUGUGGGUCUGAAUGUUGUUUAAAAGCAGACUGGAAGGUGGGAGACGGUCGUAUUAGGCAGGCUGCAUCUGCUCCCCUUGACCUUCUCUGGCCACAGGGGUCCUGUCCUCUGGAAUCUGGGGGAAAAGGUUCAAGGAAAACUGCUACCUCUGUCUCUUUAAUAUAAAAGUCUGGUUUCUAUGGCUCCAUAACCUAAGCUGGGUCUACAUCUAAAGACUGCAGGAGGGGAACCAUGGGAGGUCUUGAUCCUGGAUACCUGGGGGAGUGAUAAGGAGAAGCCGUGGGCUAGAGGGAAGAACUUCAUGGCCCCAUUGGCUGCCCCCUGGCGCCAGCCAGCUCCUUCAGGAAGCAUAGGGUCUCCUGAGCCCAGCACUUGCCCCUUUUUUGGUGGUGGUGUGUAUGGGGAGGUUGAGACAGGGUUUCUCUGUGUAACAGCCCUGGCUGUCCUGGAACUCACUCUAUAGACCAGGAUGGCUUUGAGAUCUCUGAGAUCUGCCUCCCGAGUGCUAGGGUAAAAAGCGUGCACUGAACACCCAUAGAUGCUGCAGCCCAUCCAUCUCAAUGUGUCUGAGUUCUUUUAGACCUUCAUGCCCUGGCUGAGUGUGUAUGUGCCUGUGUCCAUGCAUGUGUUUAAUGUAGUUAGUAGUUGCCAACGUUGUGUAUAAACUAGCCGACUUAUUUAUAUGUGAGUGCAGAAUCGGCACCUGUGGCAGUUCUCUGUAUUUUAAACUUGUUGAAUCAAAUUAGUUUUCCUUCUGGGGAGGCAGGGGGUGUGGGAAGGACUAUUCCAAAGUCAUUCUUUAGGACUAUUAGUCGUGGUUUCCCGAUGAGCCUUCACAAUGCCCUUUUCAAAUAAAUGUCAAUGUUGUCACCAUA